AUGUAUAUUUGUCUAGUUCUCUUCAUACUACCUGCCAUCGUGCCCUCCACUAAACAAGUUGAAAGUCAACUUGAGCAAGUCGAUGUCCAAGAUGGGAGCAAAGUUCAGCAGUCUACCGUAGGCGAAACAAACAGGGAUACUGAGCAUACUGGUACCCAGAAAGGCGAUGGUGACAGUGAGCAUGAAACUGGUACCCAGAACGUUGGUGAUACUGAGCUUGAGACUAAUGCCCACAAAGACGUUGGUAAUACUGAGCAUGGCGAUACCCGGAACGGCGUCAGUGAUACUGACCAUAAAACUGAUAAACAGGAAGACGCUAAUAGUGAGCAUAAAGCUGGUACCCAGAAAGACGUUAGGAAAACUGAGGAAGCAGCCGAAACAUCCAAGACUAGUGAAGAAACCGUGCAGGCCAACUGCAAAGACGACGUCAACAAAGCAGCGAAAAGAGCCUUCAGGCGUGCCCUUGGUGGAAAGCCUAUACCGUGUAGCCCUGAGGCUAUCGGUGCGACCCUGAAGUUUUUCAAAGGAGAUAACGAUUCGUGCAACCCUUUGCUUGCCGACGGCUCUAUAAAAAACCAGAAAGAGGCUGUCCAAUAUCUUGCAAACUUGGAUGAAACUAUGAAAUCAAAUGUGAGACGGGAAGCUACUUCAGCCUCAUCUUUCGGAUGUGUAUACAACCAAACUAUAUUUUGCUGUUUCCUGGUUCCUCACAAAGUAUUUGAAAGCAGGAUCGACCAGAUGGUUCAAAACAGGAACAAAAUAGAUGAAACAGGGAAGAAGGGACGUCCCACACUGCAUUCGUCGUAG